AUGGCCGAUGGAACCGACAUUGCUUACAAUGUCGCCGCCUUUCUUAGCGCUCUAUUCCUUCUCGAGUCUGGCGCGGAUAAAUUCAUAGACCAUACUGCUAUCGUCGCACGACAUAUAGGAGUUCCUGAAAGCGCGAUCGCCCUUCUUACAGCUGGUGCCGAAUGGGAGGAGCUUGUUGUUGUUAUAUCCGCCCUGGCCCAGGGCCGACCAUCACUGGCGGUGGCUAAUACCGUGGGGUCCGCUAUCUCAAACAUUCUUGGCGCCUUUUCACUCGGUCUUCUAUUCUUUGAUAAGGAGGAGCCUAUUCGGUUCGACAGGAGCUCACGAAUAUAUUCCCUUGUGUUGCUCGGCAUUACUACUCUUGUCACACCUGUCGUCUAUUUCUCAAAUCAGAUCCUCUGGUUGGCGUGCGGUUCUUUCUUAAUUGCUGUGUUUGGCAUGUAUACCAUCUCCGUAGGUUGGGCCAUCAGUAAGGGCAGCCUUACUGCCCCGGAAGACUCAGACGACGAUAGUAGCGAUGAUAGCAGUAGUGAUGAAGGCGAGGAUUUACCACACGAAACCCAGGCACUUCUACGCCGAGCUUCGUCGACCACCGCGCCGUCCCAAAGGAAUUAUCUAAGCCGACACACUUUAACGUACCAUAUAUUUUAUCUUCUCGUCGGUUUCUUAGCAGUCUGCCUUGCAGGUUUUGUCCUUUCCCGCGCAGCGAUCAACAUCACGGACGCGAUCGGAAUUUCCGAGAUUCUCAUCGGCGUUGUGAUUCUCUCCAUAGCCACGACGCUGCCCGAAAAGUUCAUUUCCGUCAUCAGUGGCCACCGAGGCCACGCAGGAAUCCUCGUGGCUACCACGACAGGAAGCAACGUCUUUCUGCUUUCGCUCUGUAUGGGGAUCACCAUGGUCAACGCAUCUGGAGAGUUCAACCAUGGGAAUGUCACCAUUUGCGAGCUAGCAGUUCUGUGGUGUGCAACUCUUGCUUUUACGCUGACAGUGUGGUUUAACGCGAGGUCUUCUCGCUGGAUUGGAGGGGCAAUGUUGGGGACGUAUAUUAUCUUUAUUGUCUUGGAGUUCUCACUUAUCCACAGGAUUCCUGAUUCAAUUGGGCCUCAUGUCCUCAACGAAAAAUUAGCAUGGGCUUCCGUGCCUGACCUUGACGACACCAAAUCCGGUGGAAACCGUUCAUUCUGGCGAAUCACCCUUACUUACCUCCUUGCUACGAACGGCUGCGAAAAUGUAAACCCUUUUAAGAUUUCCAGAAAGGCACCGAUUGAACAUGACUUGGACGACGACGUAGUCAUUGCGGCUCGGGCUUUUGAUACCGCGGGUUCUGCCUUUAUGUGCCGGGAUGGAGCCACGUAUUUGGAUGACGAGGGCAUGGGCAUGAUUCUCGGGAGUGCCGUAUCGAACGAUAUAAUGGAUCUCCAUGUUGAUAUCCUAACUGGGGAGACGCGGAACAUACUUCGUCUUCAAUAUCCCCCUUUCGAUGAUAUUACCCAAUACAUGCGGACAACAUCCACUAUCUCAUCAUCUACGCUCUGCGAGAUCUUCAGGGGUCAUCGCCGAGCACGAAUGCACAACCGCGAAGAUGGACGCGUAUCAUCUAGCUCGCCAGCAUACAGCUUCUCUCGAGCCCGCCAGACGUAUUUCGAGACCCUCGAGCUGUAUGUCAACAAGUACCCGCAGUUUUGGAUCUACCACAUGGCCAAGCCCCAAAUAACCGAAGCCGGGAUAGCCGAGCCGCUAAUCUACGGACUUAAGAGGGUAGGCACUCAGUCUCAGCUACCAGCCUCUCCAGCGAACAACUCCUUCGAGCCAUGGUACGACACGGUAGAAGACGGCUCCAAGAAAUUGGCCGAAAAGAACCCCCUCGGCGCCAGCGCAGACUUGAGCCCCGUCGUCCGCGGCAUCCAUAGCCUCUGGCACCGACAACUGCUCGACGGUAUCAAGAAGCCCGGAUGGGGCCGCGAGUUCGAUCGCAGGUCGGACAUGCUGCUGGGCGAGGCGGGGAAGACCUUGGAAAACAAGGGCGAGAUAACUGAUGAGACAUAUAAGUUCAUGAUCGCUUAUGGGAGAUUGAGCAUGGGCCUGCCAUAUAUAGCAUAUCUCAUACCGUUGAUGUUAUUAUCAUGGCGUUCGGGCCUAUAUAUCCUCUUUGAGACGUUUGGGAUAGAGUGGCGGGCGCUCGAGUAG